AUGCCACUGUCGGUUGAAUCGGAGAUCGACCUUCUUUAUCAUCUAUCAACAAUGUCUGAACAUGUUUUACCGAAAGGAAUAUUUUAUCUUCUACUAUGGAAGCGUCUUAAUCAAUCCAGUAUUCCACCGGCUUUUUCAUUCAAUGAAAUGGUUGAUCAUCUUCUUAUAUUAUAUGACGAAAGUGUUUUUGAUAAUCCAGAACUACCUGAAUCACAGGAUCAUGACUUUGAAUGGAAUCCAAUUAAAGUUGAACAACACUUAGAAAAUGAUUUGCCAAACAAGAUUGAACCAACAACACCUCAAUCUGUGACUAAAACACGUAAACGUCCAACAUCACCAUCAUCCACUACGACUAAUAGUGAUAUUGGUCGUCGUAGUAGUCGACAAAAAACUAGUAUACAAAUAAAAGAGGAAGAACAGCCACCAACAACACCACAACCAAAAAUUGAAAAGCGAAAAUCUGUUAAAGAUUCACCACGCAUAUCAACACGAUCAAUACCCAAUAAUGAUUCCAUUGGUACACGUUUAAGAGGACAAAAAUAG